CCCGCUGUGGAGUUGGAGGAGUCACGAAGACCGAGCAUCUGGAACCAGCUGUGAACCACACACCGCCUCCUCAUCCUCAUCUUCAUCUUCAACUUCAUCAGCAGCGUAGAAGAAGAAGAUGCUGCGCCGCUCCGCUCCGCUCCUCCUCCUCUGCUCCCUCUGCCUCGCCUCCGGCUUCCAGAUGCCGCCGCAGGAGGCCGCUCCCCGCCGGGCACGCUUCUCCUCCAGCAGUCCGACCGAUGUGGCCAGAUGUUUGAACGGCGCCGUGGCUGUGGGCUGUGGAUUCUUCUCCUGCCUUGAAAACUCCACCUGCGACACGGACGGGAUGCACGAGAUCUGCGAGCUGUUCCUUCACGCUGCGGCCACCUUCAACACAGAAGGUAAAACUUUCGUGAAGAAGAGUCUGCAGUGCAUUUCCCAGGGCAUCUCUAACAAAGUCUUCCAGGCCAUCCGCCGCUGUAACGUCUUCCAGACGAUGAUCGCUGAGGUUCAAGAGGAAUGUUACACCACUCUGGACAUCUGCACUGUGGCUCGGACAAACCCCGAUGCCAUCGGAGAGGUGGUGCAGGUUCCCACUCACUUCCCCAACAGGUACUACAGCACGCUGCUGCAGACGCUGCAGGCCUGCGACGAGCAGACGGUGUCAGCGGUGAGGACCGGGGUCAUGACCCGCCUGGGGCCCGACAUGGAGAGCUUCCUGCAGCUCGUCCAGAACAAGCCCUGCACCCCCAGCUCCGACUCCGCAGCAUUCAGCAACCCGGCCAGCUGGAAGAACAUGCCCGUGUUCAACAUCCAGCCCGGCUUCAGGGGUCGCGACCCCACCCACCUGUUUGCCAAGAGAUCAGCGGACACCCAGGGGAAUGAGGGAGGGGCCCAAGCUGACGAGUAGAUGGCAAAGAUCAGAACAAAAAGAUUGUUGUGUUGUAAUUUGGGGGAUUUUUUUGAUUCUCUUAGGUCAUCCACCAGGUAACUGAUGUGAUCUUGUUACAUCAUAAUACUCUUAUUACAAUUGAUAUUUAUUGUCCUAAAUUAAUUUAUUAGGCUGCCAUGGUGGUAUGUUUAAAUUAGACAGAGGAUAAGAAGCAGGGUGAGGCGUUCAUGCUGGUCAUGGAGCUUUUCACUGCCUCGUUUUACUGCUCUACAAAUCACUUUACAAGCUGUUUGUUAUGUUGAAAAAAUGUUUAAAUGUCCAUCAAAAUGUGGGAUUCAAGUUGGUUUGUUGGAAAAUUAGAAAUAAAUGCGCUGAUAUAAA